AUGAAGGCCUCCCUCGGCCUAACAAAGGGGGGGUUGCAGCAGCCAGUACUGUUCUUCAGCAUUCUUCUGGAAAAGAUGACCAGCGCCCUCGAAAAGAGUUCUCAUGGUGAAAAUCCCAGGCUGUUUGCUGUCCUCAGUGAGCCACCAACUACCAUGACCGCAAUGGGCGCUGCUGAAACUUUGGAUUGGAUAUACACUUCUCAUUUCUACCCUGAGAUGUGA